GCUGGGAGGCGGGGCCUGCGCGGGUGUUAGGUUAGCGCGAGGCGUGACCUAGUUGACAGGCUCUGAGGUGCUGCUGUGGCGGCGGCCGCCGGGUUGAGGCGGGUAGGAGCCGUAAGCCCAGCGCGGGCUGAGGGAGGAGGGCGGUGACUGAAGAGCGGCAAGCAGCGCGGGACGCAGAGCCUCUUUCACUUUUUCCCUUCCGAGUGCCCCCCUCUCAUCUCUCGCACUCCACACACACCCUGUUUGCCCGUGAGCCUGGGGAACUUGCAGCUUAAAGCCAGCCACCCCCACGGCAACAUGUACCCCAGCAACAAGAAGAAAAAGGUGUGGAGAGAGGAGAAAGAACGUUUACUGAAGAUGUCCUUAGAGGAGAGGCGCAAAGAAUAUGUAAGAGACUAUAUUGCCCUGAACACCAUUCUGUCCUGGAAGGAGGAGAUGAAGGGCAAGAGCCAAAAUGAUGAAGAAAAUACUCAGGAAACAUCAAAAGUGAAGAAAAGUUUGAGUGAUAAAGUUUCUCUCUAUAGAGGUGACAUCACAUUGCUAGAGGUAGAUGCUAUAGUCAAUGCGGCUAAUGCCAGUCUUCUUGGAGGAGGUGGUGUGGAUGGCUGCAUUCAUAGAGCAGCUGGCCCCUGUUUGCUAGCUGAAUGUCGUAACCUGAAUGGCUGUGAGACUGGACAUGCAAAAAUCACAUGUGGCUAUGACCUACCUGCAAAACAUGUCAUCCAUACUGUAGGGCCAAUAGCCAGAGGCCAUAUUAAUGGUUCCCACAAGGAGGACCUUGCAAAUUGCUAUAAAUCAUCUCUGAAGCUAGUGAAGGAAAAUAACCUCCGAUCAGUUGCAUUUCCCUGCAUCUCAACAGGCAUUUAUGGUUUUCCUAAUGAGCCUGCUGCAGUCAUUGCCCUUGGCACCAUUAAGGAAUGGCUGGCCAAGAAUCACCAGGAGGUGGAACGGAUUAUCUUUUGUGUCUUCCUAGAAGUUGACUUCAAAAUCUACAAAAAGAAAAUGAGUGAGUUUUUCCCUAUGGAUGAUAAUAAUGAAGAAGAAGAUGCUGACAUGAAAGAAGAAUCAGAAGGGCUAGAGCCAAAAGGUCUCUCUCCACCCCAUAAGAAGAGCAAAGCAAAGAAGCCAGAAUGUUCAAAAGACUCUAGUGAAGAUGAGAAUGGUCCGGAGGAAAAGCAAAGUGCAGAAGAAAUUGAAGGGCAGAGCCAAGAAGCAGAUGGUGUCAACACCGCCACUGUUCCCAGUCCUGGUACAGAAGAAACAGUUGAAGUUUGUAAAGAUAAAGAAUCUGAAAAGGAUGACAAUAUUAUAAAAGACAUAACAGAUCAUUCUGUUGUUGACCAAGACCGCCCCAAUGGGGAAGAGAAUGAUUCAACAAAGAAUGAAAUCAAAAUCAAGACAGAAUCUCAGAGCUCAUAUAUGGAAACAGAAGAGCCUUCAUCAAACCAAGAAGAUGCCACAAUUGUGGAGCAACCAGAAGUGAUUCCACUGACAGAUGACCAAGACGAAAAAGAAGGUGCAAACGCUCAAGGGGAGGACACACCUACAGCUUCUGUGAAAAGCCAGAGCUCUAGUGACACUGAACCUGCUACAGGUCCUGAUGUUGAAAUGAAUAGUCAGGUUGACAGUGUAAAUGACCCAACAGAGAGUCAGCAAGAAGAUCACCAAUUAAGAAGCCCCUGUGGGGCACAAGCUGGCCCUACAGUGCUUUCUUCAAAGAAAGUGGGAAGAUGACUGACAAGGUACAGGCCAAAUUUCAGCAAUCACGGAGCCCAGUGUCAGUAGAACUCACAGGUAAAGAAGGAAGGACAGAAAAUGGGAAAAACUCUCAGAAUCCACUUUGAAAAGGUUUGAAUGAUGAGCUUCAAAUGUGUUUUUCAGGGUUGCCAAGAUACAGUUUGUCCUGUGUAGCUAGUGAGGACUGAAGAAAGAGGCUUUAAUUCAGAGCACUGCACAGAGGUAUGAUAAGGAAUCUAGGUCCUGUGUGGCCACUGGGGUCCCUUCCUUCAUGGUCAGGUGGCACACCAUGUUGACUUUCAGCAGAGUUUAGUUGGUUUGUGACUCUUAACAUGUGCUUCAGCAUGGAGCCUGCCAGUGAUAUGUAUGAGGGAUGACUGAAAAACAUAUUUAAAUUUUUUAAAUUACACUAAAAGACACGCUGUUAAAAAUUCCACUCCAAAUACUCCCUCUCAUUUAUCUCAUCAUUCUUGCCCUUCUCUGCAGCAGUUCUGGACAUCCUUUUUCCUGUCUUUAUGGGGUAUGAUCAAAAACUCAGUGAAUGAUGCUGAGCACCAUCCAAUAGAAAAGCAGGCUGGUAAAAACAUUAGAGUGUGUCGUCAUCCACAGUAUUCAGCAGCUCUGGCAUGAUUGAACUAUGGCUCUUCCUCAAUGUCAAAAUGACCUCGAAACGGGGAGGAUUUUGAAGGAGAUUAAUGGGGGCUGGGGAAGUAGCUCACUGGUGCUGCACCUGCCUGGCAAGUGCAAAGUCCUGAGUUCGAUCCCCAGUACCAAAAAAAAGAAAGGGACUAAUGGUGAUGUGUCUUUUACUAUAAAUUUUUAAAAACUAAGCAUAUUUUUCAAUCAGAAUAGUAACAAUGGUAAAGCUAGGUGUUGUCAAGAACUAAGUGGGGUUGCUGCAUUUAGGACUCAAACAUAUGCCUAUUUUGAAAUGUCCACUUGAAAUCUCUAUGUUUUUCACAAAAUAAGAGCCCAUGUUUUACUCAAGGAUCCAUAGCCACUAAGCAGAAUCCCAUGGGAAGUAAGAAGUAAUCAGAGCAUUUACUUGCAGUGCCAGCUCUCUGGUAUGCAUUGUGUGAUGUUUGUUCACACCCCGUUCCAGGCUGGCUGAUGUGACAGCUGGUCCCUCACCCAGAAAACCACUGAAUAUGGCCCAACAGGGGAGCAGCAUACUAACACCUGAAGAUGCCCGUGGCAUGGUGGGCACAAGCAGUGAUGACCAGGAGUCAUCAUAAGCAUUUAUCCCAGGGCCAACAGAAGACAAGAUGCUUGGUUCCAAGCCCAUUCCCUUGUUUUCUGUGGAAACAUUUACUGCAUAUUUUCUUAAAUCCCUCUUCCUUCUUAUUUAGGACUUAAUAGAAGAGUAGUCAAUCAAUUUGAGUAUUUCUAAAAUGACAGAUGUCUGUUUCCUAAAGAUCCCUGCUCUUUCUUCUUUGGAAAAGGCAUCUUUUUGUCUUCUGAUGACUUGUUCUGGCCUUUCUCAAGUUGUUGCCCCUCCUGGCUUAGUUGGUAUACUGGAAUAAUUAGCAAAUUUAUAACUCUGGAUAUGUCAUAUAUUUUAGUAUCUUAUUUUUUAAAGUUGUUCAUCAACACAGCAGUAAUGAUAUUGAUUUUUGGAAUAUGGCCGGUUUUUCUUCCUGUCAUUAUUCUAUAGUUUGAAGCACAUAUGUCUUUUAUUGACAUUUGACAUUGCUUUCUAGAAAAGCAAAGACAAGGCUUAUUUUGAACCAUGUAAGAAACGAUGCCAUCCAAAUAUUGACAGUUUCUAUAUUUCAUGCCGUUUUAUAACUCAGCUGAAAGUCAUCAUUCUUGUGAAGUGGCUGACAAGUGCAAUCUGCUAGGAACUUGUUUUCCAGUGACUCCCAGUGUUAGUGCUACUCAGGCUCCAUAAUGAAUUAUACUUGAAAACAACAAGGAGCGAAGAGGGACAGAGGUUUUUUAAUGGACUAAGAUGAAACAGACCCAAUAUUCCUGCUAGUAACAGCCAGGAUUAGAGUUAUUCCAAUCCAGGCAUUUUCCCUGUCAUCAAUGACAGCCCUUUUAGUCAUUCUUUUAAAUGUGGGUGGGUUAGAAAUGAGUAAGUUCAUGGUCUGAAAGUUGUAGAAAAGUAAUCUCUGUAUCCAAAAAACUAAGACAUCGGAGCAUAAAUAUUAUCAUCCCCAUUCCUGAAUUUGUUUAAACUAUGUUAUGAUUAGAUUGCAUUUUCAUUUCGGUUUUAUGUUUUUUGGUUGCUCUUUGGCUGUAUGAUUUUAUUCUUUAAAAUAAAUAAUAGUUAAUUUCUAUUCCAAUAGUGAAAUACAAAAAUCUAGCUAGUGGCCAGAUGGAAGACAUCUCAACACAGGAAGCCUUCAUUUGCUGGGCUUGUCAUUGCACGGGCUAUACAAUGGAAUAAAUUUAAAAAGCCGAUUGAUUCUCCUGCACAUGGAUUCUGGAUGUCAGUUUCCAACUCUACUUCAGUCAGGCUAUGUGGGUUACAGGAGGGAGGGAGGGAGGAAAAUAGCCCUGUAUGAGUCAUGUUUGCAUACAGAGGAUCGAAGUGGGCCUUCAACAUAACAGUCCUAAUUAAAAAGGUAGUCACUUUGGGAGAGACAAAGGGGCUAUUCCUCUAGCUGCUCACUAUUCAGAUGAUAGACAAGUCUUCUUUCAUAAAAGCUUACUAAAAGGCACCCAAAACACUGUCUGUGAUAUUGGGUCACAUAUUAAUCACCACAGCUAAUUGUAAAUCUUUCUAUGAAACACUGAAAAGCCUCUUUGUGAAUUAAUACAGUUCUGCUUAAUGCAUUUGAUUUGAAAAGACAUUUCUCUGUAUGUGGUGCAUGUCAGCUGUGCUUUGAAAAAUAACAAAGUUAGCAGAAUAUGUCCGAUAUAUUUUCUUGGGGGAAUAGGAUUUUUAUCAUAUGAUUCAUUAAGGAUUUGCCUUACCCUAACAUUUGUGAUAUAAAGGAAAAUCAGAAUAAAAGUAAUUUUCUUGAUCAAGAUAUGUUUUUACUUAAUGCAAAUAAAUGUAGUCUGUUGCUUGUAAGGGGAAAAAUGUCUUCUGGUAUAAUCUGCUAAAUAGGAUAAUAUGUGCCUCUUUUGUUAAACCAGCCUGAAAAUGCUGGACUGCUUCUAAAUCUCUGUUUCUUUUCAUCUGUGCCACACACUAAAACACUUAAACAACUGUUGCCUUCAUAAUAUAUUUGUUAGAGCAGAGUGCAAAUAAAAUUUGAGAGGAUAACAUGGAA